AUGGGCGCCACUCCUUGCAGGAAAAAAUGCGAGAAAAGGAAGGAAAAAUGCGCAUUCUCUUUGCGGACAUGUAGGACACCAACCGGACAUUUACCUUUGGUUUCUCGCAAAUUAAAUCCAAAAUCUUGUGUUGUUUUUGAUGAAGCUCAUAAUAUAGAUAAUGUUUGUAUUGAAUCAAUGAGUGUUACUUUGACCAAAAAAAUGAUGGAAAAAUGUUCAAAAAAUAUAGAUAAAUUAGAAGAACAUAUUCACACAUUAAAAAAAGAAAAUGAAGAAAGGAUACAAGAUGAAUAUGAAAAAUUAGUUGAAGGACUUCGUAAAGUUCAAAAAGAAAGAGAAGAAGAUGAAAGAGUUUGGGCAAAUCCUGUACUUCCUAAUGAAAUACUUGAUGAAGCAAUUCCUGGAACUGUUAGAACUGCUGAACAUUUUAUGAUGUUUAUGCGUCGUAUAUUAGAAUAUAUUAAACAUCGAAUGAGAGUAAAAACAGUCCAAAUUGAAAGUCCGGCAGCUUUUCUUCGUGAUAUAAAAUCGAGAGUUUUUGUUGAUAGAAAACCAAUGAGGUUCUGUGCUGAACGUCUAGCUUCAUUAUCAAAAACUUUAGAAAUUGCAGAUAUUUCUGAUUUUAGCCCGCUUGUCAAAUUAGCAACAUUUUCAACAAUUGUUAGUACUUAUUCAAUUGGAUUUUCAUUAGUUUUUGAACCAAAAGAAAGCAAAACAAAUGAUUCAGCGAUACAUUUAAAUUGUAUGGAUGCUUCUAUAGCUAUUAGACCUGUACUUGAACGGUUUCAAACAGUUGUAAUUACUUCUGGGACUCUUUCUCCAAUGGAAAUGUAUCCAAAAAUUCUCGAUUUUGAUCCUAUUAUUAAAGCAAGUCUUUCUAUGACUCUUGCUAGACAAUGUAUUUCUCCUAUGAUUGUUUCUAAAGGAAAUGACCAAGUUGAAAUUACUUCACGUUUUGAAACUAGAGAAGAUUUGUCUGUUGUUAGAAAUUAUGGAAAUUUAAUAUUAGAAUUAGCAGCAAUUGUUCCAGAUGGAAUUGUUGUAUUUUUUACAAGUUAUGUUUAUAUGGAAAAUGUAGUCUCUGCUUGGUAUGAACAAAGAAUGAUUGAUGAAUUAAUUAAAUUAAAAUUACUUUUUAUUGAAACUACUGAUGCUCUUGAAACUUCUAUUGCUUUAGAAAAAUAUGUAGAAGCUUGUGAAUGUGGACGUGGAGCAAUUUUAUUUUCUGUAGCAAGAGGAAAAGUAUCAGAAGGAAUUGAUUUUUCACAUCAUUUAGGAAGAGCUGUUGUAAUGCUUGGAAUUCCUUAUAUGUACACAGAAAGUAGAAUAUUGAGAGCAAGAUUAGAAUAUUUACGUGAUCAAUUUGGAAUAAAAGAAAAUGAUUUUUUAACAUUUGAUGCAAUGCGACAUGCUGCACAAUGUGUUGGAAGAGCAAUUCGAGGAAAAACUGAUUAUGGUUUACUUGUUUUUGCUGAUAAACGUUAUUGCCGAGCUGAUAAACGUUUAAAAUUACCAAAAUGGAUACAAGAACAUAUAACAGAUGCACAAACAAAUCUUAGUAUUGAAGAAGCAAUUAUGGCUGCAAAAAGAUGGUUUCCAUUAAUGGCACAACCAUUUACAAAAGAACAUCAGUUGGGUAUUUCUCUUUUAUCUACAAAAAAUAUUGAAAGUAAACAAGAUGAUGUUUUAAAUAAAUUUAGAGAAAAGGUUGUUACUGAAUUUGAUUAA